CUGAAUGGAGAAGACACAGGCGACUUUUUUGAUACAUAUGCGGCAGCAUUCAUUCCUGCUGGAGGAAUGAACAGGACUGUGUACAUAGCAGUAUGUGAUGAUGAUCUUCCAGAACCUGAUGAAACGUUCACCUUUCAUUUGACAUUACAGAAACCCUCAGCAAAUGUGAAACUUGGAUGGCCGAGAACUGCUACUGUGACAAUAUUAUCAAACGACAAUGCAUUUGGAAUUAUUUCAUUUAGUUCGACUUCAUCAAUCUCAGUGACUGAGCCAAGGAGCAGAAAUGAAUCCAUACCUCUUACUCUAAUCAGGGAGAAAGGCACCUACGGAAUGGUCACCGUGACUUUUGUUGUAUCAGGUGGCCCAAAUCCCCCAGAAGAAGAUUUGAGUCCGGUUAGAGGAAAUAUCACCUUUCCACCUGGCAGAGCAACCAUAAUUCAAAACUUGACAGUACUCGAUGAUGAGGUACCAGAAAAUGAUGAAAUAUUUUUGAUUCACCUGAAAAGUGUAGAAGGAGGAGCCGAGAUUAAUGCCUCUAGGAGCUCGGUUGAAAUCAUUGUGAAGAAAAACGAUAGUCCUGUGAAAUUCACCCAGAGUGUUUACUUGCUUCCUGAAGAUGAGCACGUCCUUGCUAUCCCAGUGGUUCGUGGGAAGGAUGAUGGUGGCAGUCUGAUCGGGUCUGACGUGUCCGAGGUUUCAGUCAGCUAUGAAGUGCUGACUGAGGACUCCACAGCCCAUGCUCAGCGAAACGUCGAUUUCAUCGACCUUCAGUCAAACACUACUCUUGUCUUUCCCCCUUUCGUCCAUGAAUCACACCUGAAAUUUCAGAUAAUCGAUGACACCAUACCAGAGAUAGCUGAAUCGUUUCACAUUAUGUUACUAAAGAACACCCUGCAGGGAGAUGCUGUGCUAACCAGCCCUUCUACUGUACGGGUCACCAUCAAGCCAAAUGACAAACCUUAUGGAGUUCUUUCAUUCAACAGUGUUUUGUUUGAAAGGCCAGUUAUAAUUGAUGAAGACGCAGCAUCCAGCUCUAGAUAUGAAGAAAUCACAGUGGUUAGAAACGGUGGCACUCAUGGAGAUGUUUCUGUGAAUUGGGUGUUGAUGCGGAACAGCAGUGACCCCUCCCCAGUGACUGAGGAUAUCAGCCCUAGUUCUGGGACUCUGCAGUUUGCACAAGGGCAGAUGUUGACCUCAAUUCCUCUUACCGUCAUUGCUGAUGACCUUCCAGAGGAGGCUGAAGAGUACCUACUUAAAAUCCUGCCUCACACCAUACAAGGAGGAGCUGAAGUGAGCGAGCCAGCACAGCUUCUGUUCUACAUUCAAGAUAGUGAUAAUGUUUAUGGAGAAAUAGCCUUUUUUCCUGUGGAAAACCAGAAGAUCGAAAGCAGUCCGAGUGAACGAUACUUAUCUUUGAGUUUUACAAGGCUAGGGGGAACUAAAGGAGAUGUGAAGAUGACUUAUUCUGCACUGUAUAUUCCUGCUGGACCUGUGGAUCCCCUGCGAGCCAAAGAUGGCAUCUUAAAUACAUCCAGGAGAUGCAGCCUCCUUUUCCCAGAACAUCACAAUCAAGUCACCACAAAAUUACCAAUAAGAAAUGAUGCAUUCCUCCAGAACGAGGCACACUUCCUAGUGCAGUUGGAAGCUCUGGGAUUGGUGAACAUAUUUCCCCCAAUCCCACCAGUAAGUCCCAGAUUUGGGAAAAUCAGAAAUAUUUCUUUACUGGUUACCCCAGCCAUUGCAAAUGGAGAAAUUGGCUUUCUUAGCAACCUUCCAAUCAUUUUGCAUGAACCCAAAGAUUCUGCUGCCGAGGUGGUAUACAUUCCCCUGCAUCGUGAUGGAACUGAUGGCCAGGCUACUGUCUACUGGAGUUUGAAACCCUCUGGCUCUAAUUCAAAAGCAGUGACUGUGGACGACACAGGUCCCUUUAAUGGCUCUGUUGUGUUUUUAUCUGGGCAAAGCGACACAACAAUCAACAUUACUGUCAAAGGUGAUGACAUUCCGGAGCUGAAUGAAACUGUAACCCUUUCUCUAGACAGGGUGAGUGUGGACAGUGAGGUCCUGAAAUCGGGAUAUACCAGCCGAGACUUAAUUAUUUUGGAAAAUGAUGACCCUGGAGGUGUUUUUGAAUUUUCUCCUGAUUCCAGAGGACCCUAUGCUAUAAAAGAAGGAGACGCUGUAGAGCUCCGUAUUAUUCGAUCCAGGGGGUGUCUGGUAAAACAGUUCCUCCGCUAUCAUGUGGAGCCCCGAGGGAGCAGCGAAUUCUAUGGAAACACAGGGGUGCUGGAAUUCACACCUGGGGAGAGGGAGGUAGCGGUCACCCUGCUCUCAAGACCCGAUGGCACGCCCGAGCUGGAUGAGCACUACUGGGUGGUCCUUAGCCGCCACGGUGAACGGGAAAGCAGGCUGGGCAGUGCUACCAUUGUCAACAUAACGAUCCUGAAAAACGACGAUCCUCAUGGGCUUAUAGAAUUUGUUUCUGAUGGUUUGACCAUAUCAAUAAAAGAAAGCAAAGGAGAGGAUGUCUAUAGUGCUGUUUACGGUGUAAUACGAACUCGAGGCAACUUUGGUAAUGUUAGUGUGUCCUGGGUAGUUAGUCCAGACUUUACGAAAGAUGUAUUUCCUGUGCAAGGAACUGUUUUUUUUGGAGACCAAGAAUCUUUUAAAAAUAUCACAGUUUACUCUGUUGCAGAUGAGAUUCCAGAGGAGAUGGAGGAAUUCACCAUUUUCCUACUUAAUGCCACUGGGGGCGCUCAGACAGGAAACGGAACAACUGUCUCCCUGAGGAUUCUAAGGAACGAUGACCCCAUUUAUUUUGCAGAGCCUCGUGUUGUGAGGGUCCAGGAAGGCGAGAGUGCCAACUUUACAGUUCUCAGAAAUGGAUCUGUUGACAUGGCUUGCACUGUUCAAUAUGCUACCAUGGACGGAAAGGCUUCAGGAGGCGAGGGAGACUUUGUUCCUGUUGAGAAAGGAGAAACCCUUGUAUUUGAGGUUGGAAGCAGAGAGCACAGUUUAUCUGUAUAUGUCAAUGCUGAUGGAAUCCCAGAAACAGACGAGUUCUUUUAUAUAAUCCUUUUCAAUUCAACAGGUGACACAGUAGUUUAUGAGUAUGGAGUAGCUACAGUCAUAAUUGAAGCCAAUGAUGACACAAAUGGUGUUUUUUCUCUGGAGCCUAUAGACAAAACAGUUGAAGAAGGAAAGACAAACACAUUUUGGAUUUUGCGGCACCGGGGACACUUUGGCAAUGUUUCUGUGGCUUGGCAGUUGUUCCAGAAUGCUUCUCUGCAGCCUGGGCAAGAAUUCUAUGAAACAUCGGGGACUGUUAACUUCACAGAUGGAGAGGGAGCAAAACCAGUAGUUCUCCAUGCUUUCCCAGACAGAAUUCCUGAAUUCAAUGACUUUUUAGUGAUUCUAAAUUUUCUGAUUACAGGUCCUGGAGGCCAGCUAGCAGAAAGCAAUCUCCAGGUGACAGUCAUGAUUCCAUUCAACGAUGAUCCGUUUGGAGUUUUCAUCUUAGACCCAGAGUGUCUAGACAGAGAAGUGGCCGAAGAUGUCCUCUCAGAAGACGACAUGUCCUACAUUACCAACUUUACCAUUUUGAGAAAACAGGGUGUUUUUGGUGAGGUAUGGGUUGGCUGGGAAGUACUGUCCAGAGAGUUCACUGCUGGCUUACCACCAAUGAUCGACUUUUUGCUGGUGGGAGUUUUCCCGAGCACUGUGCAUUUGCAGCCACAUAUGCGACAUCACCACAGUGGAACAGAUGUCCUGUACUUCAGUGGACAGGAGGGUGCAUUUGGGACUGUUGACCCAAAGUACCAGCCCUUCAGGAACAACACGAUUGCCAACUUCACAUUUUCAGCAUGGGUAAUGCCUAAUGCCAACACAAAUGGCUUUCUCAUAGCGAAGGAUGAUGGCAAUGGAAGCAUCUACUAUGGAGUAAAAAUUCAAACAAAUGAAUCCCAUGUGGCCCUUUCCCUUCAUUAUAAAACUUUUGGAUCAAAUGUUACAUAUAUUGCCAAGACCACAGUCAUGAAAUAUUUAGAAGAAGGAGUUUGGCUUCAUGUUUUAAUUAUCCUAGAUGAUGGCAUAAUUGAAUUCUAUCUGGAUGGAAAUGCAAUGCCCAGAGGCAUCAAGAGUCUGAAAGGAGAAGCCAUCGCUGAUGGUCCUGGGAUGCUGAGAAUUGGGGCAGGCAUGAACGGCAGUGACAGAUUCACAGGUCGGAUGCAGGAUGUGAGGGCUUAUGAGCGGAAGCUGACAACGGAAGAGAUCUAUGAACUUCAUGCUACACCUGCAAGGAACGAUUUAUACCCCAUCUCUGGAUAUCUGCAGUUCAGACAAGGGGAGACUAACAAGUCAUUCAUUGUUUCUGCAAGAGAUGACAAUGAAGAGGAAGGAGAGGAAUUAUUCUUGCUUAAACUGGUCUCUGUGUAUGGAGGGGCUCAGAUUUCUGAGGAAAAUACUACAGCUAGACUAAGAAUACAGAAAAGUGACAAUGCCAAUGGCCUGUUUGGCUUCACUGGAGCUUGUAUACCAGAGAUUACAGAGGAGGGGUCCACCGUUUCCUGUGUCAUAGAGCGCACCAGGGGAGCGCUGGACUAUGUUCGUGUUUUCUACAUGAUCUCACAGAUCGAGUCAGAAAGCAUCAAUUACCUCGUUGAUGACUUUGCCAAUGCCAGUGGCACUAUCACCUUCCUGCCUCGGCAGAGAUCUGAGGUGCUGAAUCUAUACGUUCUUGAUGAGGACAUCCCUGAGCUAAAUGAAUAUUUUCGGGUGACAUUGGUGUCUGCAGUUCCAGGAGAUGGAAAACUUGGUUCAACUCCCAUCAGUGGUGCCAGCAUAGAUCCUGAGAAGGAAACCACAGACAUCACCAUCAAAGCCAGUGACCACCCUUAUGGCUUGCUGCAGUUCUCCACAGGGCCGCCUCCUCAGCCUGAAGACGCGGUGGUUCUGCCUAGCAGGCGAGUGCCACACAUCACAGUGCAGGAAGAGGAGGGGGAGAUCCGUCUACUGGUCAUCCGUGCGCAAGGGCUCCUUGGAAGGGUGACUGUGGAAUACAGAACAGUGUCCUUGACAGCAUUCAAUCCAGGGGACUACAAGAGUAUUACUGGCACAGUAGAAUUUCAAUCAGGAGAGAGAUAUAAAUAUAUUUUUGUUAACAUCACUGAUAAUUCCAUCCCUGAACUGGAAAAAUCUUUUAAAGUUGAGUUGUUUAACUCGGAUGGAGGAGUGUCUGAAGUCUUUCGGGCUGAUGGCAGUGGUAGUGGAGAAGGGGACGUGGAUUUCUUCCUCCCACCUGUUCGCGCACAUGCCAGUCUGGGAGUGGCUUCGCAGAUUCUGGUGACAAUUGCUGCCUCCGACCAUGCUCAUGGGGUGUUUGAAUUCAGCUCCGAGUCACUCUUUGUCAGUGGAACUGAACCAGAGGAUGGGUACAGUACUGUAGUAUUAAAUGUCUCACGGACUCAGGGAGCCCUGUCUGCAGUGACUCUGCAUUGGAAGGUGGACGCUGACCCAGAUGGGGAUCUCGCUGUCACUUCUGGGAAUGUCACGUUUGAUAUCGGGCAGAGGACUGCCUGCAUCGUUGUGGAGAUACUGCCGGACGAGGAGCCAGAGCUAGACAAGGCACUCACCGUGUCCAUCCUCAAUGUCUCCCAUGGUUCCUUGGGAGUUCUUACUAAUGCCACACUGACAAUUUUGGCUAGUGAUGAUCCUUAUGGGGUGUUCAUUUUUUCUAACAAAACCAGACCUAUUAGUGUGGAAGAAGCAACCCAGAAUGUCACAUUAUCAAUAAUAAGGUUGAAAGGCCUUAUGGGAGAAGUUGCAAUCUCAUAUGCAACUGUAGAUGAUAUGGACAAACCACCUUAUUUCCCAUCCAAUCUAGCUAGAGCAUCUCAAGGAGGAGAUUACAUAUCAGCAUCAGGAGUAGCUCUUUUCAGAGCUAAUCAGACUGAGGCAACAAUAACUAUUUCAAUCCUGGAUGAUGACGAACCAGAACGGUCAGAAUCUGUGUUCAUUGAACUUUUCAAUUCUUCUUUAGUAGAAAGAGUACAGAGUCGUCCAAUCCCAUGUUCUCCACGCCUUGGGCCCAAGGUGGAAACUGUGGCCCAUGUCAUUAUUGUUGCCAAUGAUGAUGCAUUUGGAACUGUGCAGCUGUCAGCAGCGAUUGUUCGUGUAGAAGAAAAUCAUGCUGGACCAAUUAUCAAUGUGACUCGAACAGGAGGGACGUUUGCAGAUAUUUCUGUUAAGUUUAAAGCUGUGCCAGUAACUGCAGUAGCUGGUGAGGAUUACAGUAUAGCUUCAUCAGACGUGGUCUUGCUAGAAGGGGAAACCAGUAAAGCCGUGCCGGUAUACAUCAUUAAUGACAUCUAUCCGGAGCUGGGAGAGUCCUUCCUUGUGCAACUGCUGAAUGAGACCACAGGAGGAGCCAAACUGGGGCCCUUAACAGAGGCCAUCGUUACUAUACAGGCUUCUGAUGACCCCUAUGGAUUGUUCGGUUUUCAGAAUACUAAAUUUAUUGUAGAGGAACCUGAGUUUAACUCAGUGAGGGUAAAGCUGCCAAUAAUUCGAAAUUCUGGGACACUCGGCAAUGUUACUGUUGAGUGGGUUGCCACCAUUAAUGGACAGCUUGCUGCUCGCGACCUGCGAGUUGUCUCGGGUAGUGUGGCCUUUGCCCCUGGGGAAACCAUUCAAACCUUGUUGUUAGAGGUCCUGGCCGACGACGUCCCGGAGAUGGAAGAGGUUGUCCACGUGCAACUAACUGAUGCCUCUGCUGGAGGUACAAUUGGGCUAGAUCGAGUGGCAAAUAUUGUUAUUCCUGCCAAUGAUAACCCUUACGGUUCAGUAGCCUUUGUUCAGCCUCUUUAUCGUGUCCAAGAGCCUCUGGAGAGAAGUUCCUAUGCUAACAUAACUGUGAGGAGAAGCGGAGGACACUUUGGCCGCCUGCUGUUGCUCUACAGUACUUCUGAUAUUGAUGUAGUGGCUCUCGCGGUUGAGAAAGGAGAAGAUGUAUUAUCCUAUUAUGAGUCGCCAACUCAAGGGAUGCCAGAGCCACUCUGGAAAACGUGGGUGAAUGUCUCUACAGGGGAGGAGGCUCAGUCCACCUGUGCCACUCUGUGUCUCCGAGAGCAUGCAUGUUCAGCAUUCUCAGUUGUCAGAGCUGCUGAUGGUCCUCAGUGCUUCUGGAUGACAUCAUGGGUCAGCUUCACUGUGAACAGCUCAGAUGUCCAGACCUACAAGAAGAACAUGACCAGGGUGGCCUCUCUUUUUAGUGGCCAGGCAGCUGCGGGUAGUGACUAUGAGGCUGUGACAAGACAGCAGGCCCUGAUGCUGGAAGGUGAUGAGUUUGCAAAUCUCACUGUUGCCAUACUUCCUGACACUGUUCCAGAGAUGGAUGAAAGCUUUCUAAUUUCUCUCCUUGAAGUUCACCUAAUGAACAUCACAGACAGUUUUAAAAACCAGCCAACCAUAGGACAUCCGAAUACUUCUGCUGUGGUCAUAGGACUGAAUGGUGAUGCCUUUGGAGUAUUCAUUAUCUACAGUAUUAAUCCCAAUACCUCAGAGGACGGUUUGUGUGUGGAUGUGCCAGAACAGCCACACACCUCAGUGGAACUGAUGAUCCACAGGACAGGAGGCAGCUUGGGGCACGUGGUGGUUGAAUGGUGCGUGGUUGGUGGAACAGCUACUGAAGGUUUAGAUUUUAUAGGUGUUGGAGACAUUCUUUCGUUUGCAGAAGGUGAAACCAAAAAGAUCGCCAUUUUAACCAUUUUGGAUGAUGCUGAGCCAGAAGAUGAUGAAAGUAUCCUCAUUGGUUUGGUGAACACUGAAGGUGGAAGCAGAAUUCUGCCCAGCUCUGACACUGUGAGAGUGAACAUCGUGGCCAAUGACAAUGUGGCAGGAAUUGUCAGUUUUCAGACAGCGUCCCGAUCCGUCAUCGGCCAUGAGGGAGAAGUUUUGCAGUUCCAUGUGGUAAGAACUCCCCCUGGUCGAGGAAAUGUCACUGUUGACUGGAAAAUUGUUGGACAAAAUCUAGAAGUCAAUUUUGCUAACUCUACAGGUCAACUCUUCUUUUCUGAGGGGACGUUGAAUAAAACGAUAUCUGUACAUUUGUUGGAUGACAAUAUUCCUGAGGAGAAAGAAGUUUACCAGGUUGUUCUGUAUGAUGUCAAGACACAAGGAGUCCUGCCAGCAGGCGCUGCUCUGCUUGAUGCCCAGGGCUACGCAGCUGUCCUCACCGUGGAAGCUAGUGACGAACCACAUGGCGUUUUAAACUUCGCUCUCUCCUCAAGAUUUGUGAUGCUCCAGGAGGCUAAUAUAACCAUUCAGCUCUUCAUCAACAGAGAGUUUGGCUCUCUAGGAGCAAUCAAUGUCACGUAUGCCACUGUUCCCGGAAUACUGAGUCUAAGAAACGGAACAGACGGGAGCCUAGCAGAGCCAGACGUUGACUUUGUCCCUGUGCUGGGUUUCCUGGUUUUAGAAGAAGGGGAAACGACAGCAGCCAUCAAUAUCACUAUACUUGAGGAUGAUAUGCCAGAGCUAAAAGAGUAUUUCUUGGUGAACUUAACUCAUGUUGAUCUCAUUAUGGCUCCUCUAACUUCAUUUCCUCCCAGACUAGAUUCAGAAGGCUUGAGUGCCCAGAUUAUCAUAGAUGCCAAUGACGGUGCUCAAGGUGUCAUUGAAUGGCAACGUAGCAGGUUUGAAGUGAAUGAAACUAGUGGCAUUGUAACAUUGGUAGCCCAGAGGAGCAGAGAGGCCCUUGGCCAGGUGUCCUUGUUUAUGUAUGCCCAGAAUCUAGAAGCCCAGAUGGGGCUGGAUUAUAUCUGCUCUCCACAGAUUCUUCAUUUUGCUGAUGGAGAAAGGUAUAAACAUGUGGAUGUUAUGAUUCUGGAUGAUGACAUUCCAGAGGGAGAUGAAACAUUUCAGUUGAUAUUAACAAACCCUUCUCCUGGACUAGAGCUGGGGAAAAGUACAAUAGCUUUGAUUACUGUCCUUGCGAAUGACGAUGGCCCUGGAGUUCUGUUCUUUAACAACAGUGAGCACAUUUUUCUCAGAGAACCGACCUCUCUCUACAUGCAAGAGAGCGUGGCGGUGUUAGUCAUCGCACGAGAGCCUGCACGAGGCCUGUUUGGAACCGUGGCUGUUCAGUUUGCCCUGACAGAAGUCAAUUCUACAGCUGAAUCUAAGGACCUGCUUCCUUCCAAAGGCUUUAUCGUUCUAGAGGAAGGUGUUCGAUCCAAGGCCCUGCGGAUCUCUGCCAUAUUAGACACAGAACCAGAAAUGGAUGAGCAUUUUGUCUGCACCCUGUUUAAUCCAACUGGAGGUGCCAGGCUGGGGGCCCAGGUUCAAACCUUGAUAACAGUUUUGCAAAAUCAGGCCCCUUUGGGACUAUUCGGUAUCUCUGCUGUUGAGAAUAGUGCUACCUCUAUAGACGUUGAGGAAUCCAACAGGAGUGUGUACCUCAGUGUGUCACGUAUGAACGGCCUUGAUUCGGCUGUGAGUGUGCAGUGGGAGACAGUGUCUGAAACAGCUUUUGGCAUGAGGGGAACAGAUGUUGUCUUUUCCAUAUUUCAAAGCUUUUUUGACAAGAAAGCAAGUGGCUGGUGUUUCUUUACUGUCGGAGAUUCAGUUUAUGGCAUAAUGUUAAGAAAAUCGUCAUCAGUUGUCUACCGAUGGCAAGGGACAUUCAUUCCAGUUGAGGACUUAAACAUAGAAAGUCCUGUGACUUGUGAGGCCUUUAGUAUUGGUGUUUCCCCCUAUCUUGUGAUUACUCACGGGGAAAGAAAUGGAGAAAAGCCUUCUGUUAACAGUGUGUACACGUUCACUUCUGGAUUCAAAUUAUUCCUGGUACAGACAAUCAUUAUAUCAGAAAGUCGCCAAGUAAGACAUUUCACCUCAGACAGUGAAGACUAUUUCAUCAUUGCAAGUCAAAGAAAUGAUUCUGAGUUAACUCAGGUCUUCAGAUGGAACGGAAGUAACUUUGCCUCACAUCAGACAUUGCCUGUCCGAGGUGUGCUGGGCAUGGCUUUGUUCAGAAGAGGAGGCUCUAUCUUCUUAGCCAUUUCCCAGGCUAAUGUCACACGAAGCACCCUUAUAUUCACAUGGUCUGGUAGUCAGUUUAUUAACUUUCAAGAAGUGUCGGUCAGUGGGAUAGCACAAGUUGAGGCAUUGUCUUCAGGAGAUGAUGUGUACUUAUUUUUUGCCAAAAAUGCUUUUCUAGGAAAUCAGAAGUCAAUUGACAUUUUUAUCUGGGAGUUGGGACAGUCAUCUUUCAGAUAUUUCCAGUCCCUGGACUUUGCUGAGGUUAACAGCAUCCGUUCCUUCACACCAGCUUCUGGAAUAGUCCAUACUCUUCUAGCUGGCCAAGGAAGGUCUGCUCUUCACUGCUGGAACUCGGCGCGCAAUGAGUUCUCUUUUGUUCUGGAAGCGCCCGCUGCUCAGGAUGCGGCUUUUGUUACUGUGAAGUCCCUUAAUUCAAGCAAGACUUUAAUUGCCUUAAUGGGAACUACUCACUCGCAUUUAUAUGAGCUGACCUACAUUUCCAGCCAGUCUGACUUUAUUCCUAGUUUAGGUGAACUGAUAUUUGAACCUGGUGACAAAGAAGCAAUAAUAGCAGUAAACAUCCUUGAUGAUACAGUGCCAGAAGAAAAAGAAUCCUUCAGAGUUCAGCUUAAAAAUCCAAAAGGAGGAGCAGAGAUUGGCAUUAACAGUCAUGUGAGAGUAACUGUUCUUUCUAAUGAUGAUGCCUAUGGAAUUAUCGCCUUUGCCCAGAAUUCAUUGCACAAGCAAGUGGAAGAACUGGAGCGCGAUAGCCUGGUAACCCUGAAUGUUGAGCGCUUGAAAGGAACACAUGGUCGCAUAGCUGUGGCCUGGGAGGCUGCUGGAAGUAUCAGCGAUGUAUUUCCUACCUCAGGAGUGAUCUCAUUCACAGAGGACCAGGCACUGUGCACAAUCACUCUGACUGUUCUUGCGGAUGAUCUGCCAGAGUUGUCUGAGGCUGUCAUUGUAACCCUCACCCAGAUUGUCACAGAGGGGGUUGAAGAUCCAUCGAAAGGUGCCACUGUUGACCAGAACAGAAGCAAGUCCGUGCUAACCAUCCUGCCCAGUGACUCGCCCUAUGGCGUGGUUGGCUGGCACACUGAUUCUCUCUUCACUAGAGUGCCAGAGCCCAGAGAGAAUAGCACUGUUCUCCAGUUACAUAUUGUUCGAGACAAAGGACUCUUUGGAGACAUAUCCAUUCAUUUGUUAGCGAAACCCAACUUCUUACUGCACAUCAAUAAUCAAGCUACUGAGAAUGAAGAUUAUGUGUUACAAGACACCGUAAUAAUAAUGAAAGAAAACAUGAAAGAAACUCAUGCUGAAGUUGCCAUUUUGCCAGAUGAAGUUCCUGAACUGGAGGAAGGACUCAUUGUCACCAUCACUGCUGUGAAACUCGUGAACCCUGACUUCCCUGCAGAGCAGCCACGUGUGCAGAGGCCAAGAAUGGAAACAGCAGAGAUAAUGAUUGAAGAAAAUGAUGAUCCCAGAGGGAUUUUUACAUUUCUCAUCACCAAAGAUGGUGGUGGAGUCAUUACUGCUCAUGAGGUGCCUCCACCCUGGAACCUUCUUCAAGUUCCUGUUGUCCGGAUGGCUGGAAGCUUUGGGACAGUAACCGUGUAUUGGAAAGCAGCACCUGAGAGUGCUGGCCUGGAAGACUUUCAGCCCUCCCGUGGAAUUCUCCAAUUUGCCGAUGGACAAGUCACUGCGCCGAUAGAAAUAACUGUAAUUAAUGAUGCUGAAUUUGAACUCGGGGAAACAUUUAGCAUCUACUUAAUGAGUGUGGCUGGUGGCGGCAGACUAGGCGACGAUGUAAUGGUGACUAUUGUCAUACCACCGAAUGAUUCUCCAUUUGGAAUAUUUGGAUUUGAAGAGAAGACUGUAAUGGUUGAUGAAUCCCUCUUGUCUGAUGACCCUGAUUCAUAUGUGACACUGACAGUUGUCCGGUCCCCAGGAGGAAAAGGACCUGUUCAACUUCAGUGGGCUGUAGAGGAGAAGGCCAAAGGCAACCUCAGUCCUUUGAAUGGGACACUUUAUUUUGAUGAGAAUGAAUCCCAGAAGACUGUUACAUUGCACACAUUUCAAAACAGCACAGUCGGGGAGGACAGACACUUCACCAUUGAGCUGACAGCAGCUGACGAGGUAGAAAUAUCUCCAGCGAAAGGUAGUGCAUCGAUAAUCAUUCGAGGAGAUAAGGCCACAUCAGAAGUUGGGAUUGCAUCAUCAUCUAGGCACAUCAUUAUUGGGGAACCCUCAGCAACAUAUAAUGGCACGGCCAUCAUCAGCCUUGUUCGUGGCCCAGGGGUUUCGGGGGAGAUCGCAGUGUCCUGGAAAAUAUUUCCUCCUUCUGUGGGGGAGUUUGUUGAAACAUCAGGACAACUGACAAUGCAAGAUGGACAGUCUGAGGCCACUGUAGUGAUUCAGGCUUUGGAUGAUGACAGCCCUGAGGAGAAGUGUUCUUAUGGCUUUCAGCUCACUGGAAUCAGUGAGGGGGGAGUGCUCAGUGAAGCCAGUGUCGCCGCCGGCAUCACCAUGGUGGCCAGUGACGCUCCCUACGGCCGGUUCUCAUUUUCGCACGAGCAGCUUCACGUUUCAGAAGCGGCACAAAGGGUUAAUGUCACAGUUGUCCGCUCAGGUGGCUCUUUUGGACGUGUGCGAGUCUGGUUUGAGUCUGGUAGCAGGACGGCAGAGGCAGGCUGGGACUUCAUCCCUACCUCAGGGGAGCUCCUCUUUGAAGCCAGAGAGAGGGCGAAAAGCCUACAUGUCGAAAUCCUUGAUGACAACCUUCCUGAAGGCCCUGAGGAAUUCGCUCUUGCCAUUACAAAAGUGGAGCUCCAGGGAAGAGGGUAUGAUUUUACCAUCCGAGAGAAUGGACUUCAGAUAGAUCAACCUCCUGAAAUUGGAAACAUAUCCAUUGUUCGGAUCAUAAUAAUGAAAAACGAUAAUGCAGAGGGCAUCAUUGAAUUUGAUCCAAAGUACACUGCCAUCUCAGUGGAGGAAGAUGCCGGCGUGAUCGCCAUUCCGGUGCUGAGGCUUCGGGGAGCUCUCGGCCGCGUGUCAGCCGAGUUCAGCUCUCGGGGCUCCCCUGCCGGGCCAGGAGGCUUCGUACUGCAAGGCAGCUCGCUCACCUUUCAACAUGGGCAGAACCUGAGCUUUAUAAACGUCUCCAUCGUCGACGGCAGUGCAAGUGAAUUUGAGGAGCAGUUUGAAAUUCUGCUCACCGGCGUUACUGGUGGCGCGAUCCUUGGGCGCCACCUAGUGAGCAAAAUCACAAUUGCCAAAAGUGACUCUUCGUUUGGCGUCAUAAGAUUUCUCAACCAAAGCAAAAUUUCUAUUCCUAACCCCAACUCCACAAUUGUUAUACACUUGUUCCUGGAGCGGACUGGAGGACUCUUGGGAGAGAUGCAGGUGAGCUGGGGCAUAGUGGGGCCCAGCUCUGAGGAGGCCUUACUACCAGAGAAUGGAGACAUUGCGGACCCAGUGAGUGGAACCGUCAGCUUUGGGGAUGGAGAGGGCGGUGUGAGAACCAUCAUCCUCACAGUUUGUCCCCAUGAAGAAACCGAACCUGAAGAGACUUUUGUUGUUCAGCUUAAGCCUUUGAAAGAAGCUAGACUAGAUCCCAGAGCUAAAGCCGUUGCACUAACGAUACAAAAGUUCGGUGAUCCAAAUGGAGUCAUUCAUUUUGCUCCUGAGUCCUUAUCUAAGAAGACGUAUUCUGAGCCACCACUGUCAGAUGGAGCCAUGCUCAUUUCGUUCCUCGUCAAGAGAGCCGAGGGCGUCUCCGGAGACAUCACGGUGCACUGGCGGCUGAGCAGUGAGUUUGACAUCACCGGAGACUUUCUUUCCACCAGCGGAUUUUUCACCAUUGCGGACGGAGAGCGGGAAGCAAGCUUUGACGUCCAUUUGCUGCCAGAUGACGUACCUGAGAUGGAGGAAGAAUAUGCUGUCAGGCUUGUUUCUGUGGAGGGAGGCGCAGAGCUGGACCUGGGAAAGUGCACAGCGUGGUUCUCCGUGUCUGCGAAUGACGACCCCCAUGGUGUAUUUGCCCUGUAUCCAGAUCAUCAGUCAGUGCUGAUUGGGCAGAGCCUCGUUAGAUCCAUCCAAAUCAACAUCACCCGGCUCGCUGGCAUGUUUGGUGAUGUGGCUGUUAGAUUUCGGAUAUUGUCUGACAAUAAAGAAGACCCAGUUGCUGCUGAAAAUGAAGAGAAACAACUGGUGAUUCAAAAUGGCACCAGAUACAAAGUAGACGUGGUGCCCUUGAAGAAUCAGGUCUUCCUGUCGCUGGGCUCAAGUUUCACCCUGCAGCUGGUGUCUGUGACACUUCUGAGUGGACCUUUCUAUGGAAUGCCAACAAUUCUUAAGGAAGCGAAAUCUGCUGUUCUUCCCAUUCCCGAGGAAGCAGCCAAUUCCCAGGUUGGAUUUGAAUCCACUGCUUUCCGACUCGUGGACAUCACAACUGGCACAAGUGAGGUCAUGGUCUGUAGGAGAGGCACGUUUGGCAGGCUCUCUGUGGCCUGGGCCACGGGAUAUGCUCCUGGGUCAGAACUCCCUGAGCCUGUUGUCGUCGGCAACAUGACUCCAGCAUGGGGGAACCUUUCUUUUUUGCAUGGAGAACGGAGGAAGGGAAUUGUGCUGUGGGCAUUUCCCAGCCCUGGUCGGCCAGAGGCUUUUGUCCUUCAUCUGUCAGGCCUGAGGAGCAGCACUGCCGGUGGAGCUCAGUUUAGAUCAGGUUUCACUACUGCUGAAAUUGAACCCAUGGGAGUCUUCCAGUUUUCCCCUAGUUCAAGAAAUAUCACAGUGUCAGAGGAUGCUCGGGCAGUCCGAAUCCAUGUGCAAAGACUGUUCGGGUUUUGUAGUGAUCUGAUUAAAGUCUUCUAUGCGACGACCGCAGACAGCGCCGCGCCUCUGGAAGACUUCGAGCCCGUUCAGAGCGGUGAAGUUUCUUUUCACAGAUUCCAGGCGGAGGCCGAUUUUGAAAUAACCAUUAUUAAUGAUCAGCUUCCUGAGAGAGAAGAAACAUUUUACGUUAAUCUCACGUCAGUAGAAACUAAGGGACUAGGAAAGGGUGAUGUGAAUUGGAGACCUCGCCUAAACCUAGAUCUCAGUGUCGCAGUGGUCACCGUACUGGACAAUGAUGACCUGGCGGGGGAGGGCGUUUCUGUCCCUGUGACAGCAGUGACUGCGGCAGCUGACAGCACUCUCCUUGGGGUGGAGACUGGUUUCACCCCACACCCUAACACAAGCAAGGUAACUGCCAUUCCGUACACCACCGAGGUGUUUGUCCCUGUUACGGAGACAACAGGUGUGUCUGCCACCCCUGUGAAACUUGUCACCGCUCACAGUGCUGUGUCUGAGAAGCCUGGCUUGGUCCUGGGAACGACUCAUGCUGUGGUCUACGGCGUACUGAGUCUUGGACCGCCCAUUGUUUAUGUGGCAGAGGAAAUGAAGAACAGCACAUCCAGCACUGCAGAAAUCCUUAUCCAGAGGACUGGCGGCCUUGCCGGUAAUGUCAGCGUAACAGUCAGGACUUUUGGUGGAAGGUGUGCUGAGGAGGAGCCCAGUGUGUGGCCCUUUCAAGAUGGCUAUGGCGCUGGCAACCUAACGUGGGCAGUGGAGGAAGAAGACUUUGAAGAACAAACGCUCAGCCUGACAUUUCUCGAUGGGGAAAGAGAGCGUAAAACAGCAGUUCGAAUUCUGGAUGAUGAUGAGCCGGAGGGGCAGGAGUUCUUCUAUGUGUUUCUCACAGAUCCUCAAGGGGGCGCACAGAUCGUGAGAGGAAAGGACGGCAGGGGGUUUUCAGCCUUUGCCCUAGUCAUUAUUGCAGGGAGUGACCUCCACAAUGGCAUCGUAGGCUUCAGUGAGGAGUCCCAAAGAGGCCUGGAAAUGAGGGCAGGUGCUGACAAGAGCAGACAGAGCCUAAUUGUCACAAGGCAGCCAAACAGGGCCUUUGAAGAUGUGCAGGUCUUUUGGCGAGUCACAUUUAACCAAACAGCCACCAUUGUCCAGGAAGCGGAGCUAAACCUAAAAGAUGAACUGCAGUCUGUGGCGGGGGUUACAACCUGCACGGCGGGUCAAACACGAUGUUCUGUCCACCUCGAACUCAAGCCGAACAAGGUGCCUCAAGUGGAAACACAUUUUUUUGUGGAGCUGUAUGACAUCACUGCUGGGGCAGCUAUAAACAACAGUGCCAGAUUUGCUCGAAUCAAAGUUUCCAAGAGUACCGGACCACAGAGCCUCAUUUCCUUUUCUGUGGGUUCUCGGCUGGCUGUGGCUCAUAAGAAGGCUACUCUGAUCAGUUUGCAAGUGGCCAGAGAUUCUGGGACAGGAAUGAUGAUGUCUGUUAACUUUAGUACCCAGGAGCUGAGGCGUGCUGAAACAAUUGGUCGAGUCCUCAUAUCUCCAGCUGUUUCUGGGAAGGAUUUCGUGAGGACAGAAGGCACACUGGUUUUUGAACCUGGCCAGAGAAGUGCUGUGGUGGAUGUUAUCUUAACUCCAGACUCGGGGUCUUUAAAUAUGUUUCCUAAACGCUUUCAGAUUGUGCUUUUUGACCCAAAAGGUGGUGCCAAAAUUGAUAAAGUGUAUGGGAUUGCCAACAUCACUCUUGUCUCUGAUGUGGCUUCACAAGCUGUCUGGGGGCUUGCAGACCUGCUGCAUCAGCCCCUGCAUGAAGAUAUUCUCAACAGAGUGCUCCAAAGCCUCACCGUGAAAGUAGCCACAGAGAGCACGGACGAGCAGCUGAGCGCUGUGAUGUACUUACUGGAAAAGAUAACGAUGGAAGGGAAAAACCACGGUUUCAGUAUCAAAAGCCGAGCUCUUUUGUAUGAGCUCCUUUGUGCCCUAAUUGACCCAAAGCGCAAGGACACUAGAGGAUUCAGCCACUUUGCAGAAAUGACCGAGCAUUUUGCCUUCUCUCUCCUGACUGAUGUUACCUGUGGGUCUCCUGGUGAAAAAAGCAAAACCAUCUUUGACAGUUGCCCAUAUUUGUCAAUACUGGCUCUUCAUUGGUACCCUCAGCAAAUCAACGGACACAAGUUUGAAGGGAAGGAAGGUGACUACAUUCAGAUUCCAGAGAGGCUAUUUGAUGUUCCUGAUGUAGAAAUGCUGGACGGGAAAAGUGCAUGCACAUUUGUCCAGUUUGUGGAGUACAGCAGCCAGCAGUGGUUUGUAGCAGGAAACAACCUUCCUGCCCUGAAAGACAAGGUAUUAUCUUUGAAUGUGAAAGGUCAGAGCGCACAACCCCUGCCUAACAACAAUGAGGUUCUCUACAGGAUUCAUGCAGCUGAGCCUAGAAUUGUUCCGCAUACGGCUCUGUGUCUCUUCUGGAAUCAGGCUGCUGCCAGCUGGUUGUCUGACAGCCAGUUUUGCAGAGUGGUUGGAGAUACCUCAGACUACGUGGACUGCGCCUGUUCACACAUGUCUGUGUAUGCUGUCUACGCCCAGACUGACAACUUGUCAUCAUACAAUGAAGCCUUUUUCUCUUCUGGGUUUAUAUGCAUCUCAGGUCUUUGCUUGGCUGUUGUUUCACAUGUGUUCUGUGCCAGAUACUCGAUGUUUGCAGCUAAACUUCUGACUCACAUGAUGACAGCCAGCUUAGGAACACAGAUGGUGUUCCUGGCAUCGGCCUACGUCAGCCCCCAGCUGAGUGAGGAGAGCUGUUCUGCUGUGGCUGCUGUGACACACUACCUGUACCUUUGCCAGUUUAGCUGGAUGCUCAUUCAGUCGGUGAACUUCUGGUACGUGCUGGUGAUGAACGAUGAGCACUCUGAGAGGCGAUACCUGCUCUUUUGCCUUCUGAGCUGGGGGCUUCCGUCCUUUGUGGUGAUUCUCCUCAUAGUCAUUUUGAGAGGAAUCUAUCGUCAGAACCUGCCGCAGAUCUAUGGACUGAUUCAUGGCGACUUAUGCUUCAUCCCAAACAUCUAUGCUGCUCUGUUCACGGCUGCUCUCGUCCCUCUAACGUGCCUCGUGGUGGUGUUUGUGGUGUUCAUUCAUGCGUACCAGCUGAAGCCGCAGUGGAAAGGUUACGAUGACAUCUUCAGAGGACGAACAAACGCAGCAGAAAUUCCUCUGAUUUUAUAUCUCUUUGCCCUGGUUUCUAUGACAUGGCUCUGGGGAGGACUGCACAUGGCCUACAGACACUUCUGGAUGCUGGUUCUCUUUGUCAUUUUCAACAGUCUGCAGGGACUUUAUGUUUUUGUGGUUUAUUUCAUUUUACACAACCAAACGUGCUGCCCUAUGAAGGCCAGCUAUACAGUGGAAAUGAAUGGCCACCCAGGACCCAGCACAGCCUUCUUCACUCCUGGGAGCGGAAUGCCUCCAGCUGGAGAGAUUAACAAGUCUACCCAGAACCUCAUCAAGGCCAUGGAGGAGGUACCAUCUGACUGGGAGAGAGUGUCCUUCCAACAGACCAGCCAGGCAAGCCCUGAUUUGAAGACAAGUCCACAGAAUGGUGCCUCAUUCCCUUCUUCUGGGGGCUAUGGACAAGGGUCCCUGAUAGCCGAUGAGGAGUCACAGGAGUUUGAUGACUUGAUAUUUGCAUUAAAAACUGGGGCUGGUCUCAGUGUCAGUGACAAUGAAUCCGGCCAGGGCAGCCAGGAGGGAGGUACACCGACCGACUCCCAGAUUGUGGAACUCAGGAGGAUUCCCAUCGCCGACACCCACCUCUGAGCCUCCGGAACACGGAGCCUUUCUAAAGAGGACAAUUUCCUGUUUGUCUUAGCUUUUGAACCAACUGCUGUAAACACGUACAGCCAUGUAGUAGUGGUCUGUGUGUCCCACUGAAUGACUAACACAGAAGUGACUGUUGUUCGGAAUAUACAUUGACUAGUAUUUGUGUGACUUAAAAGUGGACCAUUGUAAUAAAAGAUCACCUUCCAAAAAUAUUAGUUGUUUCUUAGUCAUACUAAUGUGGCUAACAUUGUUUAAUGAAAAUAAUUAUCAA